UGCCUUUGGGAAUUGAGGCGUGUGAUGGUCUAAUCUUCAUGGUCCACUUGGCUGGAUUUAUAAUCACCUUGGAAGAACAAUGCUGGCCAUGUCUGUGAUGGAGUUUCCAGAGAGUUGUAAUAGAGGAUUGAAGACUCACCCUAACGUGAGUGGCACUAUUCCAUAGGCUUUUUAGUAUAAUUGUUUAAAGUUAAGGUUUCCUAUGUAGCUAAGGCUAGCUUCAGACUUACAGUGAGUCUUACAGUAGUGGCCAGUGGCAGCUUCACUGAACAUUAGCUUUGAGCUCACAUUAAGAAAAGACAGUGAAGGUUUUGCGGACACCAGGACUGCAAGAUGGCGUCGCUUGUGCCACUGAAGGAGAAGAAGCUCAUGGAGGUUAAACUUGGAGAGCUGCCAAGCUGGAUCCUGAUGCGGAAUUUUACCCCCAGUGGGAUUGCAGGAGCCUUCUGGCAAGGUUAUGACCGGUAUUACAACAAGUACAUCAACGCUCGGAAAGGCAGCAUCUCGGGGAUCACCAUGGUGCCGGCAGCCUAUGUGGUUUUCAGCUACUGCAUUUCUUAUAAGGAACUCAAACACGAGCGGUGAUGGAAGUACCACUGAGAGGUCACCACGGAGGGCACGCAUGCCUGACAGCGCCACCCUUGAGGAAUUCCACUCUGGCGGACUCUUAAUAUCCUGACAACUAGUGUCCAAUAAAAGGUGACUGACUGGUUCAUUUUUUAAA